GAGGGGCUGAGGAGGAGGAGGAGGAGGAGGAGGGCCAUGUUUGGGAUGGAGGGAUGGAUGAAGGAGGUGGAGGGUUGAUAAACUCCGUCGCAGCAGUUCAGACUCUCACUUCUGUCCUGCCCCCUCCCCACGUCCCAACAGCCCCUGCUCUGCCACGUGAGUCGGUGUCGUCGUGUCGUUGCUCGUCCACAGCGCCCUCUGCAGUCAUGUGUGAUGAUGAGGAGAGCACCGCUCUGGUCUGCGAUAAUGGAUCUGGUCUCUGUAAGGCCGGGUUCGCUGGGGACGACGCCCCCAGAGCCGUCUUCCCCUCCAUUGUGGGCCGGCCCAGGCACCAGGGCGUGAUGGUGGGAAUGGGCCAGAAGGACAGUUACGUUGGAGAUGAGGCUCAGAGUAAGAGAGGAAUCCUCACCCUGAAAUAUCCCAUCGAACACGGGAUCAUCACCAACUGGGACGACAUGGAGAAGAUCUGGCAUCACUCAUUCUACAACGAGCUGCGAGUGGCUCCAGAGGAACAUCCCACCCUCCUGACGGAGGCGCCACUCAACCCCAAAGCCAACAGGGAGAAGAUGACACAGAUCAUGUUUGAGACCUUUAAUGUUCCUGCCAUGUACGUGGCCAUUCAGGCCGUCCUGUCACUGUACGCCUCCGGGCGGACCACAGGUAUCGUCCUGGACUCCGGCGAUGGCGUCACCCACAACGUUCCGAUCUACGAGGGUUACGCUCUGCCUCACGCCAUCAUGAGGUUGGACCUGGCGGGACGCGACCUGACCGACUACCUCAUGAAGAUCCUGACGGAGCGAGGCUACAGUUUCGUCACCACUGCCGAGAGAGAGAUUGUCCGCGACAUCAAGGAGAAGUUGUGUUACGUCGCUCUGGACUUCGAGAACGAGAUGGGGACGGCAGCGACCUCGUCCUCUCUGGAGAAGAGCUACGAGCUUCCUGACGGACAGGUCAUCACCAUCGGCAACGAGAGGUUCCGCUGCCCCGAGACGCUGUUCCAGCCGUCGUUCAUUGGUAUGGAGUCAGCAGGGAUCCAUGAGACGACCUACAACAGCAUCAUGAAGUGUGACAUCGACAUUCGUAAAGAUCUUUAUGCGAACAACGUCCUGUCGGGCGGAACGACCAUGUACCCAGGCAUCGCCGACCGCAUGCAGAAGGAAAUCACAGCACUCGCACCCAGCACCAUGAAGAUCAAGAUCAUCGCCCCCCCAGAGAGGAAGUACUCCGUGUGGAUCGGCGGUUCGAUCCUGGCGUCACUCUCCACCUUCCAGCAGAUGUGGAUCAGUAAGCAGGAGUACGACGAGGCCGGACCAUCCAUCGUCCACCGCAAGUGCUUCUAACACGUCAGUCGGGACCCCGCCCCCUGCUCCGCCCCCCAGGUCCAUCUUCAGCCCAUCUGCAUUUUAACCCUCACUAAGCUCCGCCCCCUGCCACACACACAGGGACGACAGGAAGUUAAGUCACUUCCUCCUUUUAAAGUUUUUAGAACAGCUGGAAAAAGAAGUGAUGUCGUCUUCUGAUGGAUCCAGAUGAUUCGGAUGAUGUUUUUUGUUGAACUGAAUCUUUAAACAUUCAAAUCUUCAAACUCUUCCUGCUUCACCUUCAAACUGUGAACUGUCCUGCAUCUUUAGCCCCGCCCCUCGCCCCGCCCCCUCCACGUUCUGUUUCCUGUCAGAGGUCGAGUGUGGUUUUUAUUUCCUGACGAAUCAAGAUUGAAUGUUUGUUUUCCAUCAUCGGGGGAAGAACACAUUCACAGCGUGUAAUGAUGAUGUCACAGUGGUUGAAGUGUGGGAGGCGUGGCCUCGUGGUGCAUUAGAACAGGAAGUGUGACGAGACAGAAGACAAUAAAGAGCUGAACUACGA